GAGGGAGGUGAGGGGAAAGAAGCCGCUGCCUAUAGAAAGCUGCCGCCUGCAGUCUCCUCUCUGAGCUCCAGAGGAAUACAAUAGCCUGAGCUGUGCCAGCUAUCGCACAACCCCCAGCAUCUUGGCUGCCCACUUGCUUGCUGGCUGGCUGGGAGCAGGUGACAGGAUGCCUUCAGGAUACAGGGAAGGGGCAGCCUGUGUGUCUGGGUGAUAGCAGCCCCACCACUAGCAGAAGAAGAAGGGGUGUCUCCAUGGGUGCAAAGGCUGAGGACUGGGGAGUGCUCUAUACCAGUAGCAGAUCGCUGCCAGCUGCCGCCGCCUCGCUGUGAUGCUGAAUGAGGAGCCAUGGAGAGCCGCGGCUUGGUCACUGCUAUCAGCCUGACUCUGAGUAUCUGCUCGCUGCUGCUCCUGGUCACUGCCAUAUUCACUGACCACUGGUACCACACGGACACCCGCAAACACAAGGAGAUGUGCGACAGUCAGGGCAACUCCGACCCCACCGACCAGAAGAACAGGCUGAUGCCGCUCUACCAGCUGCCCUUCCGGGGGGACCCCUCCAAGACUCGCAGGCUGGGGCUGCUCUCUCCUGCCCCGGCUGGGGGGGUCCGGGAGCCGGAGGAUCUGCUAGAGAACUGGAGGUCCCUGUUGGGACUGGGGGUGUUGGAGUCGGACUGCGGACGCCCCCUCUUUUCUACGUACUCCGGGCUGUGGAGAAAAUGCUACAUUAUGGGCAUCGACAAGGACAUUGACAACCUCAUCAUGAAAGGAAUUGCUCAGAAAUGCACAGCCAUCAAAUAUCAUUUCUCUCAACCUAUUCGCCUGCGGAAUAUCCCAUUCAACUUGACCAGGGCAAUUCAGCAAGAUGAGUGGCACCUUUUACAUCUAAGAAGAAUUACUGCAGGAUUCCUGGGCAUGGCGGCAGCUGUUCUCCUGUGUGGAUGCAUUGUGGCAGCAAUCAGUUUUUUCUGGGAAGAGAGCCUUACGCAGCAUGUGGCUGGACUUCUCUUUCUCAUGACAGGAAUUUUUUGUACAAUUUCCUUGUGUACUUAUGCGGCGAGCGUCGCUUAUGAUCUGAAUCGUCUGCCAAAAUUUAUUUAUGGGCUUCCCAGUGAUGUCGAACAUGGAUACAGCUGGUCUUUGUUUUGUGCCUGGUGCAGUCUGGGCUUGAUCGUGGCAGCGGGGUGCCUGUGUACGGCCUACCCCUUUAUCAGCAGGACCAAGAUUUUGCAUCUAAAGUUUGCCAGAGAUUCCUGUGUAUGAUUAAGGACUGCAGGGUUCAGGACUUUGUUGCCAACGACAAGCUGUUUUUGCGCACUACAGUUGCUGUGUGGAUAAAUAGAUUCUAUAAAUCCAUUUCUUAAGCACAAAUAUUAAACUCUAACAAAUCAUUACUGGAAUGGUAACAUAGCAUCCUGAUAUGUAAAGAUAACUGUGUAUCAUGCGGUGGCCUUGCAUUGUACCACCGUAGGACCUUUUCUGUGCUCUUCUAGCCCACGUGCGUUCCUCAGCAAACAAGACCCUGGGAUCUCGCACAAGAAAAAGUGACUCUACUUUCACGGGGAUAAACUCCUCCAAGCAUGGAAAUACUGUGCAAGUUCAAGUGCUUUAACCAAUCAUUAUUUAUGCAACAUGUUUAUGUCUCAGUGUAAGAGGAAGAAAAAUGCCUGUAAAGGAACAGUGUUCGUUUCCAACCCUCUCUUCAUUUUUCGAUACCUUUGCUUGUUGUCACCUUGCAACAGACAAAAAAAAAAAUAGACGUAUUCCUCAUUUGUGAGAUGAAGCUGGUGGAAAUAAAAUCAAUAUGUUGUUAAUCCGAAACCUGAUUCAUCAGACUUUGCAAACCCUUUUGAAAUCACUUGACUUCUUGUUCCAUUAUAACAGCUUUUUUGCCUUUCCCUGCCAAUCCUGUUAUCCCUGUUGUGCCAUUACAAUCAUCAUCAUUAUAGUUCAGCUAAAAAAACUGAGGUUUCUGUGCAUAUUAACUGGUUUCCGUUAUUCAGCAUAUAGCAAAGUGAUUGUUUUAACCAAGUCAUUGCUGAUUUAUACCAUUUUUACUUGCUCAGAGUACAACUUUGCAUUAAAAAUAAACUGGUUUUCUGCCCCAUAAA